AUGGAUGAUUCAUUUACGGAUGUUUUUUCUUUAAAAAACAAUGAAUUUUAUACUUUUAUUGAAGAAUUAGUUGGACAACAAAUAGUCGAUGUUUUGAAGUUUCAAUCGAUAACAUCUACACAAAAUGCUACCAGUAUAAUUAAAAAGAUAAAAUAUGAUUCAACAACAAAUACAUUCAAUGGAUUUGCUACACCACUUGAUCAUGGAGUACCAAUUAAAGAAUAUUAUCAAACUGAUUCAUUUGGUAAAUUGAAAUUAUGGUUUAAUUCAAAUGAUAAAUCAUCUUUACUAAAUGUCCACAUGAUCCAACCAGUACAAUCCACAAAUCAAACCAUUAUUCCAAGUCCUUUUUUAUUAUCAGCAUAUGGAAUUGAUAACACAGCUACAGCGAAUGAUAUAUUACAAAGAUGGUGUUCAUCAACAUCAACAAGCUUUUACAAUAAAAUUAAAAUCACAUUAGCCUUGGUUUUUUUACGCGAACAACAACUAUUAUUAUUUUUUCAAGAUGCAACACAUCUAGCUACGAAAUGGUGUAAUCGUUUAUUAUCGUCUACAGCUGAAUUACGUCUUGGUGACCAAUCAAUAUCGAUCAAUCAUUUAUAUAGCAUUAUUGAUAAUGGAAAAUUUACUAAAAUUGAUCAUGGCUUGACGAAAUCUGAUAUUAAUCCUAAAGAUCGCCAAAAUUUUAGUUCCUGUGUAAAAUUAACAUCUGAUGAUCUAUUUAAAAUUUUAAAAGACAAUGUUGAUACUCAGGGAACCUUGAUUUAUCUACAGAUGUUUAAAAUGAUUAUAAUGGCUUAUAUUGAUAAAAAAACAACGAUUGCUGCGCGUGAACCAGCGUAUUUGUCUGUGGAAAUAAGUGCACAUCAUUUAUUAUAUUUAAUUUUACUUGUUCAACAAAAACAACUACCACCACAAUCAUUACAUAUUCAUACUUUUAGCUCGCAAGCCUGUGAAUCAAUUUUUCGAAACACGCGCGCAUUAAGUGGAGUCUAUUCAACUAUAGUCAACUUCACUGUACAUGAUUUUUUACGACGUGCUCAAAGAUUGUCACUACUUAAUGAUAUUAAAUUCAAGCAUUUAAAUGAUAGAUCAGUUAAUAAUUUAGUAUUUUCAGUUCAUUACAAACAUCGACAUGAUCAUCAAUCAUUAGCUACACAAAGUCAAAGAGAGGUCGAUCUAAUAGAUGUCGAACAAGUCAUUACCAAGGCUUAUCAUGAAGCAAUUGAUAUGCUUAGUGGCUUAGAAGUAUUGAAUUUACUGAACGAUAAAAAUGUUCUUGGUUUAAAACCCGUAAGUGAAUAUGUAUUUAAACAGUUAAAUUCAAAUUCAAAGAUGUACGACUACUCAUCUCAACUCAGUCAGAUGGAUGAUGGAGAAUUUGAAAUCGAUGAUGAUGAUGAUGAUGAUGAUGAUGAUGAUGAUAAUGAUGACGAUAAUAGAACAGCAGCUGAUCUUAACAUUAAUGAUGGUUUUUCCUCAAAUGAUGAUUACGAUGAUGAAGAUGAACAAGAUGAUACUCGAAAUUUAAUAAAUACAACAAAAGAAGAAUUUUCUGAAAUGAAAGUUCUUAAUACGAUUCAGUCUCACAUAGAACAUUCUUAUUUUAAAGUUAAAAUCAAUGAUGAUACAAAAUAUAUGCAUAAACAAACUGCUUGUUGGCUAGUAACUGGCGAAAAAAGUAAAAUUUCAAACGACCGAUUGCUUCGAGUACAGCAGACUAAUAAAAAAAAUUGAUUCUUUUUUGUUUAUGAAACACUUUCUUGCAUUUUUUCAAUAAAAUAAGCAAUAUUUUGCUGACUUUGAAGUUUUAGAAUAAAUGAAUGUGCUGAAUAAGAAUAAGAGAAAGAUGGUGUAUUUGUCUCUAAAUCAAGACUAUUUAAUAUUUCAUCUAAUAGUACACAUGAUAGAAAUAAAUAAAAAAAUACCGGACUCAAAUUUUUAUAA